CCACUGUCAAAAAUUUGUCAGUGGCAAUUUUGGUAUUUCGCAGGUAGGUAAUAUAAUUUAUUUUUGAUUUGUUAUGAAUUUUACAAUAAAAGAGUAAAGUUUGAGUUGCGUCGUGACUGAAAAGACAAUCAAAUACUACAACAACCUAUCUGAAUUAAGAAUAAAACUGACAACAACUAUGAACACGGGUAAUAGUGAAAACCAGAAUAAACGAUAUAGAAAAAAAUACAAAUAUAUGAAAAUGCGGAUAAAAAGUUUAAUUCUCGAAAAUGCUGCAUUGUGCGAUGAAGUAGCUAAAGUCCAAGAAAGCAUUUUAAUUGUGAAAGACGAAAGAAGAUUUUUACUUCACAAACUAUUAGAAUAUGAAAAUGAAAAUGAAAUUCCACAAGUUUAUUAUAAAAAUGACUCAGGGGUAGCUGCAAAUGGCCCAAGAACUAAAAUAAAAAAGAGACUUAGUUGUGAUGAUACAAGAUAAUGUGAUAUUAUUUUCUAUAAGUUAUAUAUAUCAUUAAGUAUUCACAUAAUCUAAAUAAAAGAAAACUGCAAAAAUCAUAUUCAUUUCAAUCUUUCAAAUGUGUUUCUAUCAGUUUCAAAUAAAUAGAACAUUCAGAGUACUCAUAAGUAAAGAAGCAACAAUAACACUAAAAUAUUGGUUCAAACAAGAUUAUUAUAGUAUAGACAAUGAGGGUCACUCAAAUUUCCAUAAUAUUUCAAUAUUUCACAGGUAAUUAAUUAAUGGUAUCCAAGCAUUAAAAAUUGUAGAGCACAUCACUUGGAAAAAACAGGUUUUUCAGGUUGAAAACUUCUAAGUUAUCUAAGACUAAGUGUGAUAAAUAAUUUUAUUGUAGAAAAAGUAUUGCAAUUGGCAUUAUUUUCUAUGGUUAUGUUUAGUUAUUUGGCAGCUCUGUUAUUCUAGUUCAGUUAGUUUUUUUUUAUGGUAACCUAUUUUUUUAACAUCAUUAGUAGACAUUGUAAUCUUCCAAAUAAUGACAUAUUAAUUUAACCCAUGAUAUGGGUGCAGAUUCUAAUUCUAUUUUUUUUAAAUGUUGCCCCACAUUUGGAUUUUCUCCUGUGUCAUGGGUGCGGUUAUAAAGAUACAAUUUCACAUACACAUAACACCCAGACCUGGAACAACAAUUUGUGGAUCACACAAAGAGUUGUUCCAAGCGGGAAUCGAACCCGCGACACAUUGCACGGCAGCCAGUUGCCCAGCUACCGCACCAACCGUGCAGUCAAAUAUAUGCAAGACACCAUGUGUUUUCUUAUUUCUGGCUUAGUUUUACUCUAAACCACACAUAACAUGUGUUUACAGAUAAGUAUUUUCUGUUAUCUAUUCAUUGUAAAACAAAACAUGAUAAUGAUAUUACACUCAAAAUGAAAAGGACAGCAGUAGUUGCUUAGCACUUGAGUAAUAAUAGAUGUGUGUGACUUAAUACUAAAAGUCUAUGGCCUAACAGUUCAUUUCCUAAUGUGUUCCAUAUUUUUGAACACUAGCAAUACUUCCUUAUUCUUAUUUACUGUUAAACAUUUACCAA